AAAAAUUGUUAAUAAACUUGUUCCACCGAAGCAAGAAAAAUAUAAUAACAUAAAUAAAAGGUAAAAAAAAUAAAACCCUUGAAAACCCUUUUCCCCUCUUCAAACUUUUCGGUCCCUGUUGGAAGAGUACCAACCCUCAGAUAACUGAAGAUUAAGAUGUCAACUUCCAUAGAUGAACGGAGGAAGAUUUCUGCUUUAGUUAGUAUAAAACAAGAGCAUCCAUUGGAUUUUCUUCGUAUAAUAUACGAGGGUGCUGUUGCUGGAGCUGCUGCUGGCGUUGUGGUUGAAACAGCUCUUUACCCAAUUGAUACUAUAAAAACUCGUCUACAAGCAGUUCGAGGUGGGGGAAAAAUCAUUCUGAAGGGCCUGUACUCGGGGUUAGCUGGAAAUAUUGCUGGUGUCUUACCGGCAUCUGCCAUAUUUGUUGGAGUGUAUGAACCAGCAAAGCAAAAACUGCUCAAGAGUUUACCUGAAAAUCUUAGUGCCCUGGCACAUCUAACUGCAGGUGCUCUUGGAGGAGCUGCUUCUUCUAUAGUUCGUGUGCCAACAGAGGUUGUAAAGCAAAGGAUGCAAACCGGUCAAUUUAUUUCAGCUCCCAACGCUGUGCGUGCUAUUGUUGCUAAGGAGGGCUUCAGAGGCUUGUAUGCGGGGUAUGGGUCCUUUUUGUUGCGAGAUUUGCCCUUUGAUGCGAUCCAGUUUUGCAUAUAUGAGCAGCUUCGUAUGGGAUACAAGAUUGCAGCAAAGAGGGAACUUAAUGAUCCUGAGAAUGCUAUCAUUGGUGCUUUUGCAGGUGCAUUUACGGGAGCUAUAACAACUCCACUCGAUGUGAUAAAGACUAGAUUGAUGGUUCAGGGACCAGCUAACCAAUACAAAGGUAUCUAUGACUGCGUAGGGACUAUAAUGAAAGAAGAGGGACCUUCUGCAUUUUUGAAGGGCAUUGGGCCAAGAGUACUGUGGAUAAGCGUUGGAGGUUCCAUUUUCUUUGGUGUGCUUGAGAAGACAAAACAGCUGCUAGCACAGAGACGCCUUCCUCAUCAAAACUCAAAUUCUGUAAAGUCGGACUAGCAGCAUAUGUAGUUAUCUUAUUCUUCCCCGUGCUCACGUCAUUUUUCUUCAAUAAACAGGAAAUGAAAUUUUUAACAGAAGUACUGUCAAAUGUGUGUUGUAUAUUUCAGCCUUAGUUAACAUUAUAUAACAUGAAAGCGUCAGAGAAAAAUAUUCUUCUGUAGAAUGUAGAUUUUGAACAAAUGCUUACGUUAGAAGGCGGCAGUAUGAAGCAUGAUGGUAUUUAGUACUCUUAACAAAUCAAGAUCCAAAUUGUAACUGCUGGUGUUUUAUGUCUUUACUCUUUACGUUAGCUGUCAAGUUCAGGAACAAUCGGAAUAUAAGGUUGUUAUGUUGUAGUGGUAGUGGUACAAGGUCAUGACUGGAUUAGUUGAUGUAGUCGGGGUUGCAAACGGAUUGAAUGUUUGGCUUCUAGUUGCAGAAGUUUGUUAUAGUACGAGGAGCAGGUAUGAUAAUGGGGUAUGCGUUCUAAUUGGAAUGAAUGUUAAAGCAAGUCGAGUUA